GAACAUCUACCCAACUUAUUUGAAAAAUGGCAAAGGUUUACCCCCAAGCACCACUACUUUCUUCUUCUUCAUCCUCUGGCUAUCUCACGUCAAAACAAGAAACGUUCACAAUAUGGAUGAAAUCUCUCAUAGUGAACGGCCAUGGUUGCACUGUUUUUGAUUCUAACGGUCAGAUCGUGUAUCGUGUAGAUAAUUACGACUCUAGAGGCAGAGCUAAAGUUCAUCUAAUGGAUUUGAAAGGCCAGAUCCUAUUCAGCAUACUGAGAAAGAAAUCCAAAUUUCUUGGUGUCUGGGAGGGAUACAGAUCCAGUAAUGGUAAAGAGAUCAACCCGAAAAACACACCCAGCUUUCAAGUAAGGAGAUGCUUCAAAGGCAAGUCAGCAUGCAAAGUCAUCGUGGGACUAGACAAGAAUCAGAUACAGCAAUACAGAAUAGAGAGCUGGAGUUCUGGAAAGUCAGCCUGCAAGAUACUAGACAAGUCUGGAAGACUUGUUGCCGAGGUAGUAACACUUUUCGAUGUUAAUUUGUUCGACCAUGCACAUAUAGCUUGCUACCGAUCGAUGAUUUUCAUAUCAUACUGGUUGAUGGUGCUAAAACAGGUAAAGAGAAAGCAGUCAACAUGUGGAGUGGUACUGGGAGAAGAUGUUUUGACACUGGUAGUAGAACCCUUCAUGGAUCACUCUCUUAUUGUAGGGCUUCUUGUUGUGUAUGGUCUCAUCAACCGUAAAUUGUGAUCGAUCAGCAACAAGAGAAAAUUCGAGUUAUACUAAUUUAACUAGUUUUUGAAGUCUUUAAUUUACUGAGAUGAGGUAUUUGAAUUAGGGUGGUCUUUUACCUUGAAAACCAAGGACUAAAUUAUGAUUGUAAUUAACUAUUGUCAAUUGAGAUGCUUGACUAGCUAGUUGGUAAAUUGAACUACUCUUACUUCAACAGGAUUCCAACUGUGUAUUCAACCAGGAGUUAACCGAGUUAUUAAUAAUUAAAUAACCUUGUCAAAAAUAUGAUGAGUUCUAAAUCACUUCAGAACUUGGAAAUCUGGCUCCAAGUGUGUGUUAAUGCAUGACAUGCAUCACCUUUGUCCUAAAGUUGAAAAAUGAGUCCUUAAAAAAGUAAAAUUAGUCUUCUGUUCUAGGAUAUUCUUUAUGUGUGUCUUUGCCUUAUGCCAAUAGGAUAUGUAGUUAGACUAGAUCUAUGUAUUCAUAUCCUUACCAUACUGGUAAUGUGUGAUUCCCUAUAUAAAGGGCUCCUAUCAAUGAAUGAGAUACACAUCUUUCACG